GCUCCGCUGAAUCCGCCCGCGAGUCGCCUCCGUCGUCGCCGCCCCCCUGUCCCCGGCCCCCCCGGGUUCCCUCGGUCUAGCCCAGUCCAGCCCGGUUCCCGGGAGAAUGAAGUUCGUGUAUAAAGAGGAGCAUCCGUUCGAGAAACGCCGCUCUGAGGGCGAGAAGAUCCGAAAGAAAUACCCAGACCGGGUCCCGGUGAUAGUAGAAAAGGCUCCUAAAGCUCGGAUAGGUGAUCUAGACAAAAAGAAAUAUUUGGUGCCUUCUGAUCUCACAGUUGGUCAGUUCUACUUCUUAAUCCGGAAGCGAAUUCAUCUCCGAGCUGAAGACGCCUUGUUUUUCUUUGUCAACAAUGUUAUUCCACCCACCAGUGCCACAAUGGGUCAGCUAUACCAGGAACACCAUGAAGAAGACUUCUUUCUAUACAUUGCCUACAGUGAUGAAAGUGUCUACGGCCUGUGAAGCGGCUGCCCCUAAGGUGGGGAGAUCCCUUUCUACAAAGAGAAAAAUGGCCCCCCUUUCUUGACCUACCCCUCCUUCUUCAGGCUCGAGCACCACCUCCCUUCUUCAGGACCUGCACUACUUCAUGUUUGAGGCUUUCUCUCUAGCCCCUCCUAGCACCAGGGGUAGUAGAGAUGGCCCCUAGUACCUCUUUUCUCUUUUCCUCCUUUUUCUGCCACCUUUCCCACUCUACUUCAAACUUUUUGAUUGUCAAUCUCACAUCCAAUGAUUGUUUUGGUUUCUGUUCCCUUUGUAACUACCCAAGGGGCUUAGAAGCGAAACAAUCCCUCUUACUACCUUCUAUUUUGGGGGUAGAUGGAAGGGACUAAAAUUGUGUCUUGGGGGAAGGUAGGAGGCACUUCAAUAAAGAAGAAAACACCAAGCUGAA